AAGUGUCAGUAACUCUCGCUUAAUUAUAGAUAGAUAGAUAGCUUGUUAGUUCGUUUAGUCAUAAACCUAAAGCUAAACAUACGAGAUGAAGUCAACUGCUACAGCUACUAGAGGAGAAAAACGCACCUCGCCACCCUACUUGUUGAGGUUUCUGGUUUUUUUCGGAACCAUCUUCCCUUCUUCUGUCUUUGCUUCCUUCCGCAAUGACUUUCGGAAGGCUCUGCGACGUCAACGGCCGGUCAUUCGUUGUGGCGUAUUUGCUCUGGGUGGUACAGGAACCAGCUACUGUCAACAAGUCAAGAUGGAUGUUGAGAAGAACAAUGUCGAAGUCGAAAACAGCAAGAAGAUACCUAAUCUAACCAAGAAGAGUAAUGAAGUGAGGAACAGCAUCAGCAAGAAGACGAACGAGAAGUUUGACAAGAAGAUGAA